AUCAGUCUGCAGCUCCAUAACAGCUUCGAUCGAACCACCAUCACCAUACAGGCCAAGUACGUGGAGUACUAAACCAAACAGCCAGCAAAAGCCACCCUAGGAUUUCAAGAAAGCAUAAUUUUGUUACCCAAGAAUCAUGGCCAAAGACAUCAAGAAGCUCGCGGAGGAAUGGCUGGAGCUAGACAAAGACAAAGAGACCACAGACGAGAUAUACAAACUACUGGUGCAAGGCAACAACGAUGAGCUGGAGAGACGUCUUCGCACACGGAUUGCAUUCGGUACCGCGGGGCUGCGUGGACCCAUGCAGGCUGGCUUCGCAUGCAUGAAUUCAUUAACCGUCAUCCAGGCAUCCCAGGGACUGGCCGCGUAUCUACUGGAGACCGAGGAGAACGUCAAGAGCCGCGGUAUCGUCAUUGGCCGCGAUGCACGACACAAUUCCGAGAAAUUCGCCAAACUGGCUGCCGCAGCUUUCGUCACCAAAGGCAUCAAGGUUUGGUGGUAUGAGACGCCGGUUCACACCCCGCUUGUCCCCUUUGGUGUCGGAGAGCUCAGUGCUGCGGGAGGUAUUAUGAUUACAGCAAGCCAUAAUCCGGCACGGGACAAUGGUUACAAAGUGUACUGGUCGAACGGAUGUCAAAUCAUUCCUCCCCAUGAUACUGGAAUCGCAAAUGCCAUCCAACAGAACCUCAAGCCCAUUAGCUGGGAUACGUCCAUCGUAGAUGAAGGCCACCUGUUGGUCGAAGGUGCCUUAGGCCUGGUCCGCGAUAACUAUUUCCUUGCCGUCCGCAGAGCCGCGAGGCCAGAGCAUGUUAACGUACCGGAGCCGGAAUCCAGCUUCAAAUUCGUAUACACACCAAUGCACGGAGUCGGACUACUGCCCAUGGCUCUAGCAAUGGCGGAGCUAGGCCUUGCCGACCGAAUGAUAGUUGUAGAAGAACAAGCAAAACCAGACCCAGACUUCCCCACCGUCAAGUUCCCCAAUCCAGAGGAGAAAGGCGCACUGGACCUCGCGAUUAAGACGGCAGAUGCAAACUCAGUCGCCCUCAUAAUCGCCAGCGACCCAGACGCAGACCGAUUGGCAGCUGCCGAGAAAGUCUCCGGAAAGUGGCACAUCCUGACCGGAAACCAACUGGGCAUCCUACUAGCAUCGUACCUCUUCGAACGCUACCCGACCUCAAAGCCUCGAGACAAACUCGCCAUGCUAGCAUCAACCGUGAGCUCCCAAAUGCUGCACGCCCUCGCCAAAAAGGAAGGCUUCCACUUCACCGAGACCCUCACCGGCUUCAAAUGGCUCGGCAACAUCGCACUCGACCUCGAAUCCCAAGGCUACGACGUGGACUUCGCCUUCGAAGAAGCCCUGGGCUACAUGAUCCCAUCCGUCGUACACGACAAAGACUCCAUCUCCGCCGCCGCAGUCUUCCUGACCGCCGUCUCUCACUGGGCAACCCAGUCCCUGACCCCAUACACCAAACUCCAACAACUAUACUCCCACAUCGGAUACUUCGAAGACGCAAACACUUACCUCAUCUCCCCCUCCCCCGCCACCACCGCAACCGUCUUCGCAGACAUACGCGCCCUCGCACACCCCAACCCACACCCCACGACCAUCGGCGCCCGCACCAUCACCCGCUGGAGAGACCUCACCACGGGAUACGACUCGAAGUCCGUGGACCACGUGCCGGACCUGCCCAUCGACCCCACGGCCCAGAUGAUCACGUGCGAGCUUGAGGGCGCGCGGUUCACGGUCAGGGGAUCGGGCACAGAGCCGAAGAUUAAGUUUUACAUCGAGUGUGUGGCGGGGAGUGGGGAGGAGGCGAAGAAGGGAGCGGAGGGGAUUCUGGGGGAUUUGCUGAGGGAGUGGUUUGUGGUUGAGAGGUAUGGGCUGGUGUUGGCGUAGGGGGUGAUGGGAGGUGUUGUUGCUGUGAGAUAUGUGCGUAGAUCAGGGCUGGAGAAGAUAGGAAGUCAAUAUCCAGUGGAUACACAAAUUCUCAUAAACGACCAAAUACUUCAACCCAAAAGAGGCAUGACACUUUCUAAGUCGAUAUAUAAAAGUUUAUAUACAGUGUAUGCGGAGUAUAGAAGAGAGAGAAAUACUAACGUAACAUCACGUUUCUUAGCAAGAGUUAAAGUUGAUCAACAAAGACCGAUGACAUUGAUAGCACUAAUAAAGUAUCCCAAGGAUGCGAUGCAAAUGUUUGGAUAGGUGAUGUUAUAGGGAAUUUGGUCAACACCUGGGGAUGUGACGGGAUGGUCGGGGAUGUUGAUGGUUACCUACCUUUGCUCUUGUUGGUGGCCUAACGGGAAGUAAGU